GCGCACCAUAGCUCUCUACCCGGAAGUGCGCGCGGGGUGGAGGGUGGAAGCGGCGGCGGCGAGUCCCGGCCCCGGAGCCAUGGCCGCCGCCGGGCCCGUGGGGAGACUACGGCGCCUGUGUCACCGAUACCAGGAGUACGUCAGGCAGCACCCGGCCGCCACUGCGCAGCUGGAAGGCACCGUGCGGGGCCUCUCCUACCUGCUGCCAGGUCGCUUUUCAGAUUCCCAUGAACUUUCUGAGCUUGUGUACUCUGCCUCCAAUCUCCUGGUGCUGUUAAAUGACUGGAUUCUCCGAAAGGAGCUACAGAAGACCCUGCCUGUGUCACUACCCCAGCAGAAGUUGCUGACCUGGCUGAGUGUGCUCGAGUGUGUAGAAGUCUUUGCGGAAAUGGGAGCUGCCAAGGUGUGGGGUGAGAUGGGCCGAUGGACCAUCAUCAUCCUCAUCCAGCUGGCUAAAGCCAUCCUGCGCCUCUUGCUCCUGCUGUGGUACAAAACUGGCAUCCAGACAUCUCCUCCCAUCAUACCACUGGACAGGGAGCAGCAGCAGCUCCAGCCAGAAGACAGGGAGGGCAGGUUAGCAGGGAAGGAACAGACAUAUGUCGGGAGGCGCUCCAGCCGUGUUAUGAGGUCCCUCGAAAGCACCCCAGCCUUGGAAUCCAGACACUGGGGUUCUCCCCAACAGAGGGAGGGAAAACAGAACCGAAGAGCAGAGGAGAUGAACCAGGCUCCCACCCCUCUGGGGCUUCAGGAAAUCAUUGCAGAAUCUAUCUACAUCACCCGGCCUCUGUUCCACUUGUUGAGUUUAGGUGUGUGGGGCCAGAAAUCAUGGAAGCCCUGGCUCCUCUCAGGAAUCUUGGACAUCACAAGCUUGAGUUUACUGAGUGAUAUGAAAGAUCUGAAUAAGCACGAGCGCUUGGAGCUGAGACGCCGAACCAUCCUGCUGCUGUACUACCUGCUGAGAUCUCCUUUUUAUGACCGAUACUCAGAGGGCCAGAUCCUCUUCCUCCUCCGCCUGCUGGCUGAUUACGUACCAGGGCUUGGAUUAAUCACACGACCAAUGAUGAAUUACCUGCCAGCUUGGCAGAAAAUCUAUUUCUAUAACUGGGGCUGAUGGGGAAGUGGCCCUUUGCUGCUGUGACAGGUGCUGGCUCAGAGUGGCAACGGGAUGUCUCUGUGGAGGGCGAACUGGCCGGAGGGAUGUUUCUGUCGUAUCUAUUUUCAGUUAAACCAUUGAUAAGAGACUCCCAUUCUCUGGAGGCGGAGGUUAUAACUUUUUUACUUAGCUAGCUGUGAACAAUGGACACUGUGGGGGUCAGAGACCUUGCCACCCUGACAUGUAUUAUACCGCGGCUUCAGUGCUGGUCCAGGCCCUUUUUUAUAAGCACUUGGGUUUUGUAUGGCUACGCAGUAAUAAAGGCUGGCAGUGGCACCAGUGCAUUGGGGA